UCCAGACCUCAUCCCUGUACUCUGAAGCCCCAACGUCCAGAAGCACCAUGACCUGCGGAUCAGGAUUCUGUGGCCGUGCCUUCAGCUGCAUCUCAGCCUGCGGGCCCCGGCCAGGCCGCUGCUGCAUCACAGCCGCCCCCUACCGCGGAGUCUCCUGCUACCGCGGCCUCACCGGGGGCUUUGGCAGCCACAGCGUCUGCGGGGGCUUCCGUGCUGGCUCCUGUGGCCGCAGCUUCGGCUACCGCUCCGGAGGUGUGUGUGGACCCAGCCCACCCUGCAUCACCAGUGUGUCUGUCAACGAGAGCCUCCUCACGCCCCUCAACCUGGAGAUCGACCCCAGUGCUCAGUGCGUGAAGCAUGAGGAGAAGGAGCAGAUCAAGUGCCUCAACAGCAGGUUUGCUGCCUUCAUCGACAAGGUGCGCUUCCUGGAGCAGCAGAACAAGCUGCUGGAGACCAAGUGGCAGUUCUACCAGAACCGCAAAUGCUGCGAGAGCAACCUGGAGCCCCUGUUCGAGGGCUACAUCGAGACUCUGAGGCGGGAGGCUGAGUGCGUGGAGGCCGACAGCGGGAGGCUGGCAUCGGAGCUCAACCACGUGCAGGAGGUGAUGGAAGGCUACAAGAAGAAAUACGAAGAAGAGGUGGCACUAAGGGCCACCGCUGAGAAUGAAUUUGUGGCCCUGAAGAAGGAUGUGGACUGCGCCUACCUCCGCAAGUCAGACCUGGAGGCCAAUGCGGAAGCCCUGACUGAGGAGAUUGACUUCCUGAGGCGCCUGUAUGAGGAGGAGAUCCGCGUUCUCCACGCCCACAUCUCAGACACCUCGGUCAUCGUUAAGAUGGACAACAGCCGGGACCUGAACAUGGACUGCAUUGUGGCCGAGAUCAAGGCUCAGUACGACGACAUCGCCAGCCGCAGCCGGGCUGAGGCUGAGUCCUGGUACCGUAGCAAGUGUGAGGAGAUGAAGGCCACGGUGAUCCGGCACGGGGAGACCCUGCGCCGCACCAAGGAGGAGAUCAACGAGCUCAACCGCAUGAUCCAGAGGCUGACGGCCGAGGUUGAGAAUGCCAAGUGCCAGAACACCAAGCUGGAGGCCGCAGUGACCCAGGCUGAGCAACAAGGCGAGACGGCUCUGAGCGAUGCCCGCUGCAAGCUGGCGGAGCUGGAGGCCGCCCUGCAGAAGGCCAAGCAGGACAUGGCCUGCCUGGUCAAGGAGUACCAGGAGGUGAUGAACUCCAAGCUGGGCCUGGACAUCGAGAUCGCCACCUACAGGCGGCUGCUGGAAGGCGAAGAACAGAGACUAUGUGAAGGCGUUGGCGCAGUGAAUGUCUGUGUCAGCAGCUCCCGCGGCGGGGUCGUCUGUGGGGACCUCUGCGUGUCCGGCUCCCGGCCUGUGACCGGCAGUGCGUGCAGCGCCCCCUGCAGCGGGAACCUGGCAGUGAGCACCGGCAUGUGCGCGCCCUGCGCCCCCUGUGCUCCCUGUGCCCCCUGCGGCCCCUGCAACUCAGUCACGUCUUGUGGCCUGGGCACUGGUGGCGUGGGCUCCUGUGGCAUCAGCUCCUGCGGUGUGGGCUCCUGCGCCAGCAGCUGCCGCAGAUGUUAGACACCCCAACUCAAGCAUCUGGCCUGGGGUCUCUCCCACCCAGCCUCCCAGUGGGCCAAGCUCUCGACUACUUCUCUGGCACUUUGAACGGUCUGUCCCACUCCCAGCCUCUCAUAUCUGUGCGUGAUCCCUUCUUCCUCAGCUGUGCUGCCUGCGCUGGGAAAGGCUACCCGUCCCCUUGAUACCCGUGGGAAGGGGGCUCAGGGGCCAGAGGGCCGGGACAAGGGCCCCACCCUACGCUGCCCUGGGUGAUGGCCGCACCCCAUCCCCCCAAUAUUCCCCUUCCAUCUCUGCCGUGUUCAUCUCUGUCUUGAUCUGUGUUUCCAAUAAAUCAA